AUGGCGCGCCCGAUCCUGCUGCCGCUGUCCUUGUGCGUCGCCUUGGUGAUGCUGCUGAAGUCCAGCACCUUCGUGCAGGCACCCACCCGAACCGUCGAGGGUCCACAGCAGCAGCUGCGCAUUAUGGAGACGGCGGCUCUGUCCACGGGCAUUGCCAUGACCAACGCAUUGCCGGCCAUGGCAACUUGGGGUGAGGGCUCUGAGGCAGGACAGAACAUCGACCCUGACUCCACGGAGGCAUACAACCGAAAGAUCCUGAAUGCUACCGCCAUUUGCCUCACCUUCGCCGUUUUCCUGGUCGGCUUGGUGGUCUCCCAGGCACGCAAGCUGGUGGAGAACAGGUGGCUGAACUGA